AUGGCGAGACAGGGACUGAAGGAUGCUGUUAUAUUCGAUAUUUUUCACAAUGGACAACCAGUUGAAGCGGUGGUGGUGGGCAGUAAAAUAACACUAAGCUUCAUUCCCUACUAUGCCAUUCCACCAAUGUACAUGAGCAUAACUGGAUGCCAGGUUGAGCCGAUUGGAUCACUCUAUGACUGGGAGCGCGAGCCGCUAGCAAUCAUCAAGGACGGAUGCCAAGCAGACCACGUCGGCCUCGUAUGUCCACCGCAAAAAACGGAAUAUGGCAUUCGAGUAACCGUUGAAUCAUUCCGAUAUCAGACCACUUCUCGAGUGCAAUAUUCCUGUCUCGUCAGGAUCUGCCCUUUUGCUCCAUGUCCACUGGCCACAUGUGAAAAUGUGGAAGGAUGCGGAAGCCUGGAUCUAUUAACGAAUGCAUUUGGAGGGUUACGCAGCAAGCGGCACAUUACGAUUGAAGAGAUACGCGCUGCUCUUGUCGCAAAUCCUGAUCUGCAGCGUCAGAUACAGCUAAUAAAUCGAUUCGGCACGGGCCAGGCAACCCCAGAAAUGCAGCAGCAGCUCAUCGAGCUAGGCGGAGAUCACGUCGUUAAGAAACAACUGGUGGUUGUGAAUUCAGACGACGAACUACGCUAUUACGUACGGACAGGCGAUAUACCUUGA